AUGGAUGUACCGCUCCCGACCCCGACCGGAGUGAAUGCCCUGCGUGAAUCCUUUGGCGACCGAAAACCGCCCGACAUAACGCGCAAGAUCACCGCAUGUGUGGCUUGCCGCAAGCAGAAGGUGUAUCUUUCCGUCAAAUGCCACAUGCGCGAUGGCGAGUCCCCCUGUUCGCGAUGCAAGAAACGAGGUCUUCCUUGUACUGUGAACAGAAGUCUUCAAACUUUACUGGAGGAGGAUGCAACAUGGAAAGGGGCAGUAGUCCAAAAGCUGCGAUGGCUGGAAGAGGCCAUGGCCCAGGUAGCGACCAAAAUCGAUAUGCCUGAAUUACAAUUUCGUGGAAGCGAAUCAACUUCCAUCAGUCCGCCAGCUGCGCCUCCAAACCCGGGAUCAUCCCAUUUGAGCCCUGCGGCACAAUCGUACGCUCGCGAUCCUCCACGAACUACUUGGGAAGUGGUGAUGGACCCCAAAGGAGGUCCGGCAUCGAUCCCUGCUUCCUGUGUCUCCGAGAGUGGAAGGGCAUCUCAGCCCAGCAAUCUGCCCUUUCCACGACGCCCAGACUUGGUCUCGACGGGGAUUCUUACAUUGCAUCAGGCGCUGUGUCUGUUUGAAUCUUACCAUCUUCGAUUGGAUCAUUUCCUGUAUCGCAUUUUGGGAGAUCAUACCAGCCUCGACUCGGUGCGACUUGCCUCGCCGUUACUGACCGCGGCGGUAUGUACUGUUGGAGCGCUACACUCCCAGUCUUUCGGCCAUCUGUUCAACGUGUGUUACGACGAAUACAAAAAUCUCGUCGCACUACAGACGUUCGCUCGGAAUGCCAACGAAGAAGAUGUACGCGGUUUAUGUAUUGGUGCAUUUUGGCUGCAUGAACUCUCAUGGGCGUUGAUCGGGAAUGCGGUGCGACUGGCGUCAGGCAUUAACCUGCACAGCGGGAUUUACAAAGCGCUCAAGGGAGAUCGUGAAGGAUAUCUGCAGGCCCGAUUAUAUUAUCUGGUAUAUGUGUGCGACCAUCACUUUUCAAUAGCCUACGGACGACCGCCGAUGUCCCGAGAAGGCUUUAUCAUCGACUCUGCUAGUCGCCUUCUUGAGACCGAACAUGCCACUGAAGACGACGCAAGAUUGAUCAGUCAAGUCAAAGAAUGGUCUCUCCUGGGACAAGUAUUCGAUACUUUUGGUGUCGAUGUUGAUACGCCAGUUCCUCCAGAAACACUACCCCAGCUCCGUCGGUACUCGAUCGCCUUGGACACAUGGUUCGCCGACUGGAAUGAAACAUUUCGAACCAAUCAGAAUGUCGGUAAUUAUCCUCAGAAAGGCGUCGGCUUUCAUUUCCAUUUCGCAAAGCUCUACCUCUGCUCCCAUGCAUUCAGGGGAGCACCCACAACAGGAGAUACUGGACAGCAUCUGGGACCUGAAUUGGAGGAAAUCGCCAACGCUGGAGUCUUAUCCGCCAUGUCCAUCCUCCGGGUCAUCGUGUCUGACACUGAGUUCCAGUCUUUCUUGAAUGGGCUCCCACUAUACUUCAACACAAUGAUCGCCUUUGCCGUUGUUUUUCUACUCAAAGUGGCGACGAGGUAUGCGUCAGCCAUACGAAUUGACACAGCCAAAAUCCUAUCUCUUGUUACGGAAACAGUAUCUACGCUUCGCGAGAUUACUCACUAUAUGCACCAACAACAUCUACUCGGCGUCAUUGCCGAAGGCCUUGGCAGGCUUUUGAGACGAUGUCAAGAAAGCCCCAUUCAUAUGGUCCAUGACCAAGGGCUUCAUGCUACACCUCGACUUGAACAACAGGCUUUGUACGACGUAACUUGGAUGGAAAAUAUGGCAAACUUUGAUUUUCAAACGCAAUAUCCGGAUUUGGAUGAUUGGUGGCUUCAUUACAGUACAUCGAUGGGUCCUCCUACCCGUCCAAUGAUGCAAGAAUAG